GGCUUGUGCGCUUCGGAUGGUGGGAGGAGAAACUUUUCUUGGACAGCUGAGCAACAACUGGAUUCAAGCAAACCAGAGCAGGUUGGGUGCUGACUAUAGCAGACUUUAGGACAGAGGUGCCUUUCCUCUGCUCUUCCCCCCUUCUUUCUGUGCCAGCCCAAAACCCACAGAGCACUUUCCCCAGGACCGGCUGUGUGGCGGUGACGCGGCGGACCAUGGACAACAGGCCUAUCCGGAGAAGGCGAACCGGUGCCGUCCGACAUCUGCUGCUGGCAGCCGCCUUCCUCGCCUGCAGCUCCCAACUGCUGGUGGUGGAUGCCAAUUCAUGGUGGUCACUAGCACUCACCCCGAUCCAGCGGCCAGAGAUGUACAUCAUUGGGGCUCAGCCUCUCUGCAGUCAGCUGUCUGGUCUCUCUCAAGGACAGAGGAAGCUGUGCCAGCUGUACCAGGACCACAUGAUUUACAUCGGAGACGGAGCCAAGACUGGCAUCAAGGAGUGCCAGUACCAGUUCAGACAUAGGAGGUGGAACUGCAGCACCGUGGACAACACAUCAGUGUUUGGACGGGUCAUGCAGAUCGGCUCCAGGGAAACAGCCUUCACCUACGCCAUCAGUGCGGCCGGCGUGGUCAACGCCAUCAGCCGGGCGUGCCGCGAGGGCGAGCUCUCCACCUGCGGUUGCAGCCGAGCGGCUCGACCCCGUGACCUGCCGCGCGACUGGCUGUGGGGCGGCUGCGGCGACAACGUGCACUACGGCUACCGCUUCGCCCGGGAGUUUGUGGACGCCAGGGAGAGGGAGAAGAAUUACCCGCGUGGUUCGCCCGAGCACUCCCGUACACUGAUGAACCUGCAGAAUAACGAAGCAGGGAGACAGGCGGCCUACAAUCUUGCGAAUGUGGCCUGUAAGUGUCAUGGAGUCUCGGGUUCCUGCAGUCUGAAGACCUGUUGGCUCCAGCUGGCUGACUUUAGACGUGUUGGAGAGUUUCUGAAGGAGAAGUACGACAGCGCUGCCGCCAUGCGUAUCGGACGAAAGGGUAAGCUGGAGCUGGUAGACAAGCGCUUCAACACCCCGACCCCGGAAGACCUGGUCUACAUUGACCCCAGCCCGGACUACUGCCUCCGCAACGAGACCACCGGCUCGCUGGGCACGCAGGGCCGCCUCUGCAACAAAACCUCGGAGGGCAUGGACGGCUGCGAGCUCAUGUGCUGCGGCAGAGGAUACGACCAGUUCAAGACCUACAAGCAUGAGCGCUGCCACUGCAAGUUCCACUGGUGCUGCUACGUCAAGUGCAAGCGCUGCACAACGCUCGUGGACCAGUUUGUGUGUAAAUAGCACGCUGACAGAUGAUAGACGGACAGAAGGGGGGGAUGAAAAAGGAGGAGAAGGAGGGGCGGGAGUUGACAGGGAGGGAGAAGGUAAUAGGGAAAGAAAGGGUGAAGGAUAGAUGACAGGAUUUCCAGGGUUUUGUUCAGGAUGAGUUCAGACACAUCGCUUCAAUUUUUUUGACUAGUUUCCUUUUCUUCUCUGUUUAUGAAUCUCCUGCUUUUUCACAUCAAGCCACACAAAUUCAGUGUAGCAGGUUUUUUAUAUGUUAACAGCAGAAUGAUGGACGGG